GGGACAACCUUUAACUCUUCCACCUCACAUUUUGCUUGACUCCGCAAUUAAACCUUUGUUGAUCAAGGACUUAAACAUGUAUAGUAACGAAAAUAUUGAACAACGUCGCGUCAGAUCAGUAGUUUCAAGCGUCGGAGGGCGCACUACACAAAGGAGAUCGGGUGCCAUUAACACUAACUCACGCCUGUUCAUGACUGCUGUAAAAGACGCUAGCAGAAGUGCACGUAGUGAACCGAAUGGAGAAAGACCAGACGAAUACCUGUCAAAAGCUCAACUAGCAAAACGCCCAUAUAGUCCAACAAGCGAUUUUCGAAUAGAUGAUGAUCGCUUUCAAAAUAAAACACGGAAAAUUGAAAAUGAUUCUGCUGCUGAGCAGUUUCGCUCUUUUGAAAAUAAUGACUAUAACAUGCAAACAGAGAAUAAUCCAAGAAAUUAUCGGCAUUCCUCUGAACGAAUGCAUGAUCGAGCAAGCCCUUCUCGUAAUAGUGGGGGUAAUCAUAUAAAUAGAUAUACUCCAGAACGGCAGAUAAGUCGACAAACACCAGAUCGAGUAAAUGUUCGUAUGUCUCCAGACCUCCCAUCACCCGAUCUUAUGUAUGACACACCACCGAGAAGUGAGCGUGGUAGAUUUGGUAGGCUUUAUCUCAGUAGAAAUAAGAAUGUCUUUACAUAUUUCACUUCACCUCAAUUUAGUUUUGAGCCCUCACGGCCUCUUGCACAACCGCGUAGCGUAUUAGACCGUUUGGGAAAGAAAGGAGGGAUGACUACUGCUUAUAUUAAUCCUGCAUUUUUUCAUAAUCCUCCGGCUCCAAUUCCAGAUAUUGAUAUGAUGUCUCCGCAAAAUACUACGGAUAGCAUUGUACUUGGGCCUAAAGUAUCGCGUUGUCGCCAUUGGCCUAACUGUGAUUUAGGACCAGCGUGCAAGUUCCAUCAUCCAACUGAAAUUUGCAGGCAAUUCCCCAAUUGUCCUAAUUCCGACAGAACAUGUUUAUAUAUUCAUCCAGCUACUGAUGUAUUUGACUCUUAUCCGAGAAAUCCAUUUGGAGCAAAUUCAAUCACACAGACCUCACGACAACAAACAAAUAUGCGGAGAAACAUAGCUCCUACACAAUCUGCAGGAUUCAUUUCUUCAGAAAAAGGCACAAAUGUACUGAAUGAAAAUUCAGCAAAACAAAAUGGCACUACCAAUGGUGAGCAAAGUACAAUGGAAAAGUCAGUUACAGAAACCAUAUCAAAAUUUGGUGAAGCUUGCGCGAAACCGAUUUGUAUGUUUGCUCAUGCUAGUCCUGCAUCUGUUGGGACCGGAACUGCCCCACCUGCGCUAAUUGAAACACCAUGCAAAUAUGAUACAGAAUGCACAAAUCCAAAAUGUAAAUUUGCGCAUUCGAGUCCAGCUGCUGCGAUAGCAACUCAAGAACCUUGCAGAUACUAUCCCAAUUGUCAAAAUCAAAAUUGUCCGUACCUUCAUACUGAUUUUGGGGACGAAUCAAAGGUUCCAACUCCUUGCUGGAAAGGUGCUACUUGUACUCGCCCAGAUUGUUAUUUCUUACACCCGUGGGAUAUGGAUACUUCCAAUAUGAUAUGCAAAUUUGGCGUUCUAUGCCGAAGACCAGAUUGCAAAUUCCAACAUCCAAAUGGCAAAUCUAAAAGCGAAUUUGGCAGUGUCAUCUCUGAACAUUCAUUUACUGUUGAUGAGGAUGAUGUAGAAGAUGCUGCCGAGGAAACAGGCGCAGUAGAUAAUAAAGAAAACGCUUCUGAAACCAAAGAAACGGAAACAACAAAAGAAGAAAAGCAUGAUAAAGCCGACAACGAAGCGUCGACACAAAAUGAACUAGGUAAAAAAGCUGAAACAGGAGAAAAAAGGACGGAGAAUAGACAAGUAGCCCAAAAUGGUGAGGCAGAGAAAAAAGUUGAAACUGAAAAAAAUGGUAGACGUGAUGAUGAAUUUCUAUGGGAAGAUCUGAGUGAUAUUAUCAUCAAUGAUUCUGAUCAUAUAGUUGACAUUCCGGAUUACAUGGUUGAUCUCUAA